AUGAUGCUUGUUAUUGGUUUGGCUUUGAUUUUAAAUUCAGUGACAUACUGUGUGAAGUGUGAGUCUAAAAUAUUGAUCGACAAUGAUGCCGGAGCAGAUGAUGCGAUGGCUAUUUUUUUAGCCUUAUUAUAUGAGAAGUACUAUGAUGGGCCUAAAUUGGUAGGAUUAACAACUGGGAAUGGAAAUACAAAUGAAAACAAUGUCUAUGUCAACAAUCAGAGGAUUUUGAAAGUUGCAAAGCGACAAGAUGUGCCUAUAUAUAGAGGAUCCAAAGCCUCACUAGUCACCACACCAUAUGCUGGAGACUAUUUUGGACUUGAUGGCCUGGGAGACAUAGACGAGGUCCAUACAGAUUUAGUUCCAGCUGCAAAACAAGAUGCUGUUUCAGCUUUAAUAGAACUUUCGAAAACUCACAAAGAAAACCUCACAGUGAUAACAUUGGGAGCAUUGACAAAUAUUGCUUUAGCAAUUACCUUGGAUCCUAAUUUCUUAGGACGGAUAAAACAUUUGUAUGUUGGUGCUGGACAUAUACAUAAUGACGAAGUUUCCGAUGCAGAAUUCAAUGCUCACAUGGAUGUGGAAGCCUACCACAUAAUAGCUAAACACGCGACUCCAGAAAAAGUCACGAUUCUGCCCUUUUCACAAGUUAUGGCGCAUUUAAAUAUCUCACGGCAAUGGAGAGAAGAGGUAUUUGGUGCAAUAGACUCGGUCUUAGUCAGGACUCUGAAUUUAUAUGAAAGAAUAUCUCUUCCUAAAAGCGAUAGAUGGCACGCUCUUGAUCCUGCUGUAGUAGCCAUUGUUCUUCGACCAGAAUUAGUUGAAGAGUAUAAAUACGCCAAAAAUGAUAUUCUUCUGUGUGGUGAUAAAAGGGGCCGGAAUACAAAUACAUUUGUUGAGAAGGAUGACGCAAAUGUAAGAGUCAUUUAUUCGAUCAAAUUGGAAGAAUUUAAACAAUGUUUAAUUGAUUUAUUUAGUGCUUCUAUAGUCUUAGAGUUGCAAUAA